CCUUAUUGAUCUAGGGAUCUUGCUAAGUGCAUUAAUGCAAACCCUGCGCGUGCGCUUGUGUAGGGAACAGCACGUGGUUUGAGACCGAGCCGGGGUAUUUAUCUCCGGACCGAGUGCGGGGAGGGUAAUAUUUCCCUGUACGUGUAGUAUGGGACUGUAACACUUGCGUCAGGGAAGCGUAAACGUUUGUAGUUCACAUUUACUCCUGUGCACUUGUUUAAAUCCCGGAUUAUUUCACGCGUUUUGAUGAAGGCGCCAUGCGCGCGGACCUGCUCGCGCUGCUGUGUGUGGUGAUGCUGGGCGCGUGCGGCACACAGGUUCUAACCAGGGGACUGAAACUUCACACCUGCAGGCAGCUCAGAUCCCGGAGAGAUGCUACAAGACCGGAAGGACAAUUACACAAAUCUGGAAGUCUCGUCCUGAAAAGGAGCCCCGACAUCACCAAGGGCUCGGUGCCGAAAUCGGAGCACGUCCUCCGUAUAGAUGACCACGAUUUCACAAUGCGGCCUGGAUUUGGAGGCCCGGCUGUUCCUGUGGGUGUGGACGUGCAGGUUGAAAGCUUGGACACUAUCUCUGAAGUGGAUAUGGACUUCACCAUGACUCUGUACCUGAGGCACUAUUGGAAAGAUGAGCGCCUGUCCUUCUCAGGCAAGACCAACCAGAGCAUGACUUUCGACAGCCGGUUACUGAAGAAGAUCUGGGUUCCUGACAUGUUCUUCGUUCACUCCAAACGCUCCUUCAUCCACGACACUACGACGGACAACGUCAUGCUCAGGGUGUAUCCGGACGGCAAAGUGCUCUACAGCGUCAGGGUCACCGUUACAGCUAUGUGUAACAUGGACCUCAGCCACUUUCCUCUUGAUACUCAGACUUGUUCACUGGAGAUCGAAAGCUACGCGUACACGGACGAUGACCUGAUGCUCUACUGGAAGAAAGGGAACGACUCUCUGAAGACAGAUGACAAGAUCUCACUCUCUCAGUUCCUCAUUCAGGAGUUUCACACUACCUCUAAACUGGCCUUCUACAGCAGCACAGGUUGGUACAACCGUCUGUACAUCAACUUCACCCUGAGACGUCACAUUUUCUUCUUCCUGCUGCAGACCUACUUUCCUGCUACUCUGAUGGUCAUGCUGUCCUGGGUGUCCUUCUGGAUCGACCGGCGCGCUGUCCCUGCCAGAGUUCCUCUCGGCAUCACGACGGUGCUCACCAUGUCCACCAUCAUCACAGGCGUAAAUGCGUCCAUGCCCCGAGUGUCCUACAUCAAAGCCGUAGACAUCUACCUGUGGGUCAGCUUCGUCUUUGUCUUCCUUUCUGUCAUCGAGUACGCGGCUGUAAACUAUCUGUCCACUCUGCAGGAACGCAGAGAGAGGAAGCUCAGAGAGAAGCUGCCGUGCACAUGCGGGAUGUCUCAUGCGGGACACGUGAUGAUGAGCAGCAGCUACAGCGAGAUGGACACCAUGACUACGGGUCAUUACGGUGUGUCUGAGGUGAAUGGAGACAAGAGAGAGCACAUGCUGGUGCAGUUGGCCAUGGACAAGGAGCACGGCGCUCACGGCUCAGCCAGAAAGUCUCGCGCCUACGGCGUCUGGAUCGACACCCACGCCAUAGACAAGUACUCACGUGUGAUCUUCCCUGGAGCUUACACAGUCUUCAAUAUCAUAUACUGGUCCAUUUAUUCCUAACAGCAGCUGCCGCUCACCUGCUUCAUCCAGACAGUGUUUUCAUGAUGAAGAUAUUCAAUGCCAUAACUGAGUGUGUCAGUCUGCACCAACAGCUCUAAGUCCUGUUAACCUGGUCAUCUGGAAGAGAGAUGUAACACAACAUUAGUGCAUUAUUUUUAUAUAAAUGACACAAUGUUUUAUAUAUGUAUAUACCCUUAUCCAGAGUGACUUACAACUGAGCAACUGAGGGUUUAGGGCCUUGCUCAGGGGCCCAGCAGUGGCAGCUUGGUGGACCUGGGGUUCGAACCCAUGACCUUCCGAUCAGUAGCCGAACACCCGAACCACUGAGCUACCAUAUCCUGGCUUAAGUCUCACCCAUGUUAGGUUUAAAUACGAAUAAUGUAGGAUUGGGUUACAUCCCUUUUCUGGAAGAGCCACGUUUUGCAGAUUGAGGAAGAAAAAGAAGAAAGGAUUUAUUAAUUGUAGUAAAGAGAGAUUUUUUUCUUUGUAUAUUCCUUUGGGUCAGAACAUUGAGUGAAGGAAGCAUAUAGGGUUAGGGGCCAUGCUCAAGGGCCCAACAUUGUGUCAUUUCCUACACCUUUACUGUAAUAGUACCGUAUUUUCUGCACUAUAAGGCGCACCGGAUUAUAAGGCGCAGUCUCAAUUACGGGGUCUGUUUAUGUACUUAACCCAUACAUACAGUAAGGCGCACCGUAUUAUAAGG